AUGCAGUUCGCUCUGCCUCCGCGGAGGACUCCGAUAACCCCUCCGUACGCUCGCUCGUCGCGAAUCUCACUCCAGCGCAGGAAACAGCUCAAAGCUGUGGCCAUUCUGGGCUUCGCCCUGCUCACCGUCUUCUUCCUUCUUUCCCAGUUUUUCUACACAAGUACAGGGGCCCCGGCCGUACCAGCAGGAACAUCCAGCAUCGUCGUCGUCACCGUUCUAGACAGGACGGCUUGGAGUAACGAGUACAUCCAGAAGAUCGUCAAGAACAGAGAGGACUAUGCUAAGCGACAUGGCUAUACGAACUUCUUUGCCAACGUUUCCGACUAUGAAACCGUCCUCGAUAACGCCCCGAAGUCCUGGGCCGUCCUCCCAGCCCUCCGUCACGCGAUGGCCUCCAACCCGUACUCGAAGUACUUUUUCCACCUAGAUGCUCACGCCCUAAUAAUGAACCCGAGCAAAUCACUUGAAUCGCACGUCCUCGACAAGGACCGUCUCGAAUCCCUCAUGCUCAAGGACGUCUCCGUCGUGCCUCCCGAUAGCAUCAUCAAGACGUUUUCGCAUAUACAGGCUCAAGAUGUCGAUCUCAUUAUGACCACCGAUGCGGAGGAUUUGAGCUCCGGUAGCUUCCUCCUUCGACAGGGUGAUUUUGCCAAAUACUUCCUCGACUUCUGGUUCGACCCUCUGUACAUUAGCUAUAACUUUGCAAAGGCCGAGACCCACGUUCUGGAUCACAUUGUGCAAUGGCACCCAACUAUCUUGGCCAGAUUGGCUCUGGUUCCACAGCGGACCAUCAAUGGGUACAGCAAGGAUUCAAACGGGGCUGGCGUGGACGGCGUCUAUAAGGACGGUGACUUCGUCAUUCGGUUCCUUGGCUGUGACACCGACACGAAGCGGAGUUGCGAGAAGGAAAUGGAGCCGUAUUAUCGGCUUUGGGCGGGAAAGAUGAAGAAUGAGUAA